AUGAGAAGAAUCGCUAUUACUGUUUCGAUAUCACUCGUAUUGUUAUUUGUUGUUUUGUCAAUAUGGGAAAGUGGAUUAUUUAAACUACAUCCAUCGCUGAUGGCUGCUGGUUACCUAGGUUGUAUGUUUCAAGCGAUAUAUAUUUUCUCCACAGAUCAUACAUCACGUUCUCGAACAUUAACACGAAAAAAACAAAUUCUUAUACAUUCACUUUUACAAGUUGGUACGAUCAUCUGUUCAAUUAUUGCUUUCAUAGCAAUUUAUUUAAAUAAACAACAACGAGACAAACCACAUUUUACUACCUGGCAUGGACUUAUAGGACUUAUUGCAUUUAUUUGGUCAUUAUUACAAGCAAUAGCUGGUCUUUUUCUUACUAUUUUUCAACAAUAUCUUCAUUCUCUUCGAUUAACUUAUGCUCAACUUCGUAUUUAUCAUGCAACAUCAGGUGUACUUCUCUUUACUCUCUCUUGUUUCGUGAUAGUACUUGGUUUAGCUUCAAAUUGGUUUAAAUCAAAAAUGCCCAAUAAUACAAUUACAUAUUCAAUAAUAUUUUAUUUGCUUACUUCAAGUAUGCUUUUUCUUGCUCAUAAAUGUGUUGAACAAGUUAAAAAUCGUUAUGUGAAACGAAAAAUUACGACAAAAUAG